GUCCACCACUAUUAGCCUGUGCGCAAUGCUUGCGAUAUGCUAACAGAACUUGUACAGAUCUAUCCGUCAACUUCUCAUGUAUCUUUUUAAGUGGUUUGUUCAGGACAUUCAUAGCAGCUUGUUUGUAUAAUAAUACAGCACCUGCGUCCAUAUCCGCAUGUCUGAAAACAGUUGCUGCAAUUGGUGAUAACUUAGCCAUAGAGUUUAAAACUCUAACUUUACGCUGACCAUCUGAGCUAGUGUACAAUAUUGCCGCUUGGAAGUGGAUUUCGUCAUCGUUUUGUUGUGAUGCACCACCUUCUUUCGCCUGAUUGAUAGCAUUAGUAGCCAUAGUACCCCAUCCUUUUGUCAAUGAAGCCGCAUCAUGUUCCAAGGAAGCGGCCAAACAAGAAUCUGAGGAUACUGUUCCCAUUUCGAUAUCUGUUGAAUUCCGUUGCAUAAAUGAUCCAUAGUGUUGAUCAAUAUGGAAACCUUUUGAACAUCUUAUCUUGAUAGUCGCAUUGUAACCUACAUGUCUUGUUACUAUUCUUUGUAAAUCUGAUCUGAUUUUAAGUGCAUGUCUAGCAGGAUCGAAUUUUGGGUAGAAAUAAGAUUCACCACCUGUGUAUUGAGCGAUUGAAGAUAAUGUACCGACGUCUGUGUAUUUGAAUGGGAACAUGAAGACAUUGAGACCAAUACCAGCAUCAAUGAGCGCUUCAGCUGUGUUUGACCACCAGGUCGUCGCAGGUCCAUACAACGCUCUGUCACGUUCAGCUACUGAUGCCGUACCACCCGGUGCAGGAUCACGCUCUGUCAAUGCACCUAACCCUUCAUUAGGUAACUGAGAUUGGAAUAUGUUCAUUUCACCUCCAACUUCUGAAAGCACAUCCAAUCCAGCUGUCAAAGCAGAACCGAAUAUUGAACCUUUUGGUGAAACAUCUUCAAACAUUGUUGGUAGACUAUUUAAGAAAGCUAAAAUAUUGUGCUUUGAUUCAUUGACGUCAACAAUCAAACCAUUUACUAAUGGGUUGAAUGGUUCCUCUGUAUCUGGUACGAUCAUUAAUGAUGGAAGAUCUCUCUCAGGUGAUAAAUCGUGGAAAUGGAGUGUUGAAUCGUAAGUAAUAAAUCCAACUUUUGAAGUGUUGAGUGGUGUUGGUGAGGAAUACAAUGCAUCUUUUAUAGUGAGAGAAAGUGUAUGCAAUAAGCCUGAUUGACGUGAUUGUAAGCCAACAUCUAUCAAAAACAACCGUGACAUAGUCGUAGGAUCUCUCGUUUUGUUAAGAUUGAAUGGUGGACCAUCAUUCAUACCAAUAGGAGUAGGUUGGAAAGCAUGAUAUGAUUUUGGAAGGUUGAAAUCGACUGUUCCAAAGUUCAACUCUGGUCUAUUGUCGAUAUCCAAUCUUCUGUAAGUGUGGGGAUCGAGUGUAGAAAAGUAGUCAUCCUCAACUGUGUUGCUAAACUGACAGAGGUUACAUAACCAAUAUUUACCACCGUUUGUGAACUUAACAGAUGGAUUUAUGUAUCCUCUACAACCUGCGCAUCUUGGUGGUCCACCUUCUGCGGAUGUGAAGCUGUCUAUUGACGGAAUCUGAGAAGAAGGUCUAUCGUUGAAUGGAUCCAAGACCAAACCAAGUGGUAAUUGACAAGCUUUUGCGAGGUCAUGGGUACUUGGUAAGGCGUAAGAAGUCAACCUCAUAUAAUUAGGUGCUGAAUAGCCGUGAUCAACUGAUCUGAAGGGGAUAGUUGCACUAGGCAAAUCAACUUGUACAUCUAGAGUACUAAUUGUGUUAUUUGGGUUGAAAUUUGAAUCCCAGUACUGGGGAUGGUAAUACGUUCGGAUCAAUCUUUGGCUUAACUAUGUUGCUAAAUAGCUUUCCAGCCGUGUGUGGUAUCCGUGUCAUAUUUGGAUUUAUAUCUGCGUACUGAUGAGCAGAUUCUUUCUGCUGCUGCUGCUGUUGUUGAUUAUAUGGACUAAAAUUAUCGAAAUCAACGUCAUUAAAUUCAUUAUUGAAAUCUUGUUUCGUGUAGAUAUCCUCCGUAUGGAACACUCUACGAUUUUUGCUCAUUGUCUUCCUUUCAAAACGUAACAACGAUGAGUUCAAACCAGCAAAAUCAACAAAAUCAGCAGAGGAGAAUUAAAUUUAGCGUUGGUACAAAGUAUCAAGUUUUAGAUGUAAUCGGUGAGGGAGCUUACGGCGUAGUCUGCUCCGCUAUACAUAGACCUUCUGGACACAAAGUCGCUAUAAAAAAGAUUGAGCCUUUAAUGCAUCAGAUGUUCUUAUUAAGAACGCUUCGUGAAUUGAAGCUUUUGAAAUACUUCCAAGAGCAGAAUGUUUCAGAGAAUAUUAUUUCAGUACUUGAUAUGAUAAAGCCUAAGGACUAUCCAAAUUUCAAGGAAGUCUAUCUCAUUCAGGAACUUAUGGAAACUGAUUUACAUAGAGUAAUAAGAACACAAGAUUUAUCUGAUGACCACGCACAGUAUUUCGUCUACCAAACCUGCAGAGCACUCAAAGCAAUGCAUAGCGCUGAUGUUAUACAUAGAGAUCUCAAACCAUCAAACUUGCUACUUAACGCUAACUGCGACUUGAAAGUAUGUGACUUCGGUUUAGCAAGAUCAACGCAGACAGCCGAACCAGGUUGUGAAACUGGUUUCAUGACUGAAUAUGUCGCAACUAGAUGGUAUAGAGCACCAGAGAUUAUGCUGACUUUCAAGCAAUACACUUCAGCAAUAGACAUCUGGUCAGUUGGUUGCAUUUUAGCAGAAAUGCUCUCCGGUCGACCAUUAUUCCCAGGUAGAGAUUAUCACCAUCAGUUAACCCUCAUUUUAGACAUUUUGGGUACACCAACUUUAGACGAAUUUUACGCUAUAAGUUCUAGACGCUCUAGAGAUUAUAUAAGAGCACUACCAUUUAGGAAGAAAAGAUCAUUCAGUCAAUUAUUCCCGGAUGCUAGCCCAGAAGCCGUUGACUUUUUAACUAGAACAUUAACAUUCUCACCAAAAUCAAGAAUGUCGGUAGAGGAAUGUUUAUCUCACCCAUAUUUAUCUGCAUAUCACGAUCCUGAUGAUGAACCAUCCGCACCACCACUAGAUGCAUCUUUCUUUGAAUUCGAUCACCGUAAAGAUGUAAUUUCAAAGGAGGAGUUGAAACAGUUGUUGUUCGAGGAGAUAAUGACAUUCAAGCCAAUCUGCUAAAAUUUUCAUCAACGUCACUUUUUAGAACUUUGAAUACCCUUCCAAUCACAACUAUUUUAGUUAAAAUUCUUCAUAUCCUGUUCAUAUCUAACAAUUCAUUUUCCGUCCCAGUAAAGGAGUUUUUAAAAGC